AACACGUGUGCUUUAGUGCAGGUUCAGCAAAUACAGCUCCUACUCCUUUCGAAGGUUAUGUUUGUAUUUGGAUUUAUUUUUAAAAAAGAAAACUCUGGCACUUUGUAUUUUUCUUGGUGUUUCUCUUUCUGUGUGUGGAGCGGGGUUGGAUUGUCCCUGAUCACGGCUUUGACUCAGUCCUCCUUCGCACAUGUUGGGAGGUUGGUCAUUUUGAGGUUGUCUUCAGUGAUGCUCAUGAGGGAGUCAUGAUGGUGAUAUCAUAGGGAUCUGCCAUAGUAUGGCUGCUUUUCGAUCCCAGCGUGUUACAAGAUCGUCUGUUGGUUCCAAUGGUUUGGAUGAAAACUUCUGUGGGCGAACCUUGAGGAAUCGGAGUAUAGUUCACCCUGAUGAUUCCUCCCCUUUUCCUCAACUGAGGUCACGAUCUCCAAAAAAGAAACAGGAAACUGUACCACAACAGAAGGGCAUAAAUGGUAGUAAGGUUACUGAAUGCAAACAGCAUAAUGCUCGCGAGUCCUGGGUGAGUCCUAGGAAAAGGGGACUAUCGUGCUCUGAGAAGGAUAACCACGAGAAAAAAGCUUUGGACGUUUGUGACUCAAUACUGCCUGUCUUUAAGCGGGUAAAACGAUGCUCCCGCUCAGAACCCGUGGAUGGCCCAGAGGAUGCAACGUCACUUGUUAAAAAUGAAAAGGCUUCACUUGAGCGAAAAGGCUCAGCUGCAAACAAUGACGGUGACUUGUCACAGCUCAAGCGCGCUCGACGCUUUCUUUUACUGGAUGAUUGUGACAAAAGGGAGGUCAAAAAGGUGAGCGAGUUGGACGGUGGAUGCGACAACCCUUCGCUGCUGAAAGAGGUGUCGGCUCACCAGGCUGCCAACGGGAUCAGUGAGAAAGAUGCUGCUGUUGCUCUGGAGUGCAGUGAGUGUGAACCUUGUGAUUUGAACAGUAAGCCAAAAUGUGUUGAUGUUGUUGAUACGUGUGCGUCAAUUUUACCAACAGAAACUGAAAACCGCAUUUCGGGCGGUCCCUCGCUGCUGCUUAAUGGCAGUAAGGCGGCCCCCUGCUCAGAGCCUGAUGUGCCUUCUACAGAUUCGGAGUGGGAAGACGACAGGACAAUAAGUGACUGCCACUCUGUGUCGCAACAAUCUACCACAAUCCUAGCAACUGAAAACCCAUUGCAAAUCAGGGAAUCUGAGGAAGAGGUUGACGUUGUGGGAUAUAGUUUGUUCCAGUCAAAGGAACAGUGUUUUGAAAAUGCCAGUUGCAGUAUUGAUGCUGCUCAGGAUGUUGAACAGAUCUCAGGGGUGCCUGACCCUACUGCAGUGCUGGACUCUGGACCUGGUCCCUUGCUUGAACCUCAAGAACACAGAUAUGCACUGAGAACUUCCCCCAGACGGGCUGCAGGUAACAAGUGCAGCUCUCAAAAGAUAGGUUCACCCUCCAGGGACAGUGGGCAGGCAGAAGAGAAAUCUCUCAGUCUUCAUGAAUGUGUAAAGAGUGGAGGAGCAGUAGUGGCUGCAGACAAUGAGCACUGUGUGAAAUUGGAAGAGGGCAACUCUCAGGCUAAAGGAGAGCUGCCCCAGGACGGGGCUGGAGAAGGUUUCAGUGGCAAUGUGCCCGAUUCACCUUCUCAUGAGCGUGGCUCGGACAGAGGACACUUGUCUGUGAGCAGGGAGAGCAGCAGCCAGCAAUCUCGGGAAGAGGAGGAAGAAGAGCCUGAUGUAUACUACUUUGAAUCGGAUCAUGUGGCACUGAAACACAACAAAGAUUACCAGAGGCUGCUACAGACCAUUGCUGUACUCGAAGCUCAGCGAGCCCAAGCUAUUCAAGACUUGGAAUGCUUAAGCAGACAUCAGAAGGAAGGGUUGAAGGAACCUAUUACGUUUGUAGAAAAUCUCCAACAGAAGGUUGACAUGGGUUUCCCAUGUCCUCAAAGAGUGGUCCAGCUGCCUCAGAUCCCAUGGGACCAUUACACGUCUGGGCUCGGAAAUUUUGAGAAAGAAUACAGAAAUAAGAAACACAACACCCGGAGGUUAAAACUCGUCUUUGACAAAGGUUUGCCUGUGAGACCAAAAAGCCCCAUGGAUUCCAAGAAAGAUGCAGAGUCGUCAUCAUCCUCUUUUUACUCUUCAACAUUACCCUCAAGUGAUGCCCCUGAAGUAAUGAAUAACAGCCGUGCGCAGGUAAUAAGAGGGAGGAUCUGUGAUGACUCCAAGUCAGAGACAUUUAACCAGCUUUGGAGUGUAGAAGAACAGAAACGAUUAGAGGAGCUGCUCCUUAAGUACCCCCCGGAAGAAGUGGAAACGCGACGUUGGCAGAAGAUAGCGGACAAACUAGGCAACCGGACCGCAAAGCAGGUUGCCAGCAGGGUGCAGAAGUAUUUCAUUAAAUUAGCUAAAGCUGGAAUCCCUAUUCCGGGCAGAACACCAAACCUGUACUUGCAUUCAAAAAAGUCUUCAAGUAGGCGCCAGCACCCGCUCAACAAGCAUCUUUUCCGGCCAUCCACGUUCAUGACAUCACACGAGCCGCCCGUCUACAUGGACGACGAAGACGACAGGAGCAGUUUCUACAGCAGUCAGCUUGAUGCAGCUGCCGAUGAGGAGGUCUCGGAUGACGAAAGCAUUCCACCUUCAUAUCGCCACACAGCGGAAUACAAAGAAAUGAUGAGCUUGAAGAAACUGAAGAAGCAGAAGCUGGAGAUGAUGCAGGCAGAGAGUAGUUUUGUACAGCACAUCGGGUUUAAGUGUGAUAACUGCGGCACAGAACCAAUUCUUGGAUUACGGUGGCAUUGCCAAGAUUGUCCACCAGACAGUUCAGUUGAUUUCUGUGACAGUUGUUCAGACUGCCUGUACGAAACGGAGACUCACAAAGCUGACCACCAGCUGGACCCUGUCUACAAAGUUGAGACAUUUCUGGACAGAGAUUACUGCAUGUCUCAGGACACCAGUUACAACUACCUUGAUCCAAACUACUUCCCAGCAAACAGAUGACACAAAGGGCGUAGUUGGGGAGGAAGAAAAAAAAUCAGACUCCCAGAGGGAGUUGACUCUCUGCUCUUCAGUGCAUUGCAAAAUCAGGCUCCAUUCAUUGAUUCCUUGCACAGAUCGAAAGCAUCCUGCUGCUGUUCCAAAAAAAAAUUGGUGUCCGCAGGUGAUUGCUUCAGUGGGUCCCCUCAUCGACUAUGACCCUGAGCUGCCUGCGGCCCUUUACAAGUCAUUCAACAGCAGGUGAACAUUCCUAACAUACAAUGGGUUUCCUUGAGUUGCCUUCCACGCACUCUCCUCUGUGUUUGUCUGUCUCAUGCUGUCUCUCGCUCAGACUUCUGUUCACAUCUGUUGAUGGAAAUGGAGGAGGAAGGGAAGGCAAAGCAGUUGCAAACUGCACAGGCCCAGUUACUUAAUUCCAAAGGCAAGAUCAGUUUCUGUGACAAAGACUAUACUCUUAACCAUAAUAUGAUGUAGAUAAAUGUCUGUGUAGACAAGUAUUUAUGGAACCACGAUACAUUAAAAAUUUCCUAUUAUGUUGUGUAGUGUGUAGUCCUAGUGCCAGGAAAGGGAGCUACCUUUUGUUGUUGGAAAGAAAGUCCUAGGUUUUACACAAGAGAAAGUUGAAUUUAACAAACUAGUAAAGUUGACCGUAGAGAUGCUGGACCUGGUUAAGAUCCUGAGCAUUGAACUUGCCUAAAAUAAUCAGCUGCUUACUCCCGAAAGGCCUCAUGCCUUCUCAGCCCUUCCCCUGAGCAACUGCGAAGCACUACGUGAGGCAAAGAAUGCCAGGGCAAUAGUGAAGAAAUGUGGAUGUGUUUUCCCUUCACACCCAAUGUCAUGUCUCUUGCAACCAGCCUCCGCCUUCUCCCCUGCCCAACAAAACAAAACUGCACGGAAGAAGUUUGAAACAAGUGAGUUGUCAGUGAAAGUGUUUUUUUAGAUGUAAUGUGAUAUAAAACGACUAUGUAAUGUGUACUAAAAUAUGGUGAAAAAAGUACAGUGGUAGCAACAGUGUACAUCACUUUAUAUAAACACACCUCCACCAACUUCAGAAUCAAAUAGAGCCCUCCUGUCACUACCCCUUAAAAUGGGAGUUGUCCCCACAACACAUUAACAAAACUGCCUGUUAAAGAUAAUCAAGUAUUAUAAUGAAUUCCCUCUUUUGUAGUCUGCACAAAAGCUCCAAUUGCUGAAAGAUUGUAUUUUUACUAUGUAUUUAAAUGAUUGAUUGAUACUAGUCAGCAGUGAGCACUGGGUUCAGCUGCAAACUUUUAUACUAGUAGUUGUGCAUUGAUUAGAACAUUUUUGUACGGUUUCAGUUUCUGGCCUCAUAUCUGUGUGUAUGCAAUAUGUUCUUAUACAGAUCUGUACAACUGUCAGGAGAGCUGUGAUAAAUAAAAAAAACACAUGGAACUA